GGCUCAAGCGCGGUGGGCUCGGCGCAGCCGGUGACCGCCACGAGGGAGGGCUUGGCUUUCGCCGAGGAUCUCCUCCACGGCAAGAUGACCAUGAUGGUCGUCUCGUACUUGCCUAUCCCUGCAGGCUGGGUGGAAGAUGGACUAGAGGAUGGUACAGAGAUCCGGCUGGCACAGUCUCCAGAAUGGGGCCUCUCAGAGCAGAACGGAAAGGUGGUGAUUCAGAAGGUGGGUCUACGGCGGUGGAUUCUCACGGACGAUGGCCUGCUGAUCCUGGAGAACCGACCGGAAUUCGCCCUCUCGGUGGCCGGGCCCAUCGAUGCAGGCGCACAGCUUGGGCUUCAGUUCCACUACUUCACGCCCGACCACAAGAACUCAUGGCAGAUGGAUCCCAGUGGCCGCAUCUCGCUGCGGCACACUCCGAGCUUUAGCCUGGCGGUCUACAAUGGGGCUCUCCAUGGCGGGGCAGAGGUGGUGCUUUGGAACGACCCACUGAGCAUGCCACACAACACCUGGACCCGGCAGGCGCCCACCUCGGGCAGCCUCAGCAGCACCGAUGCCUGUAAGCUGCGCGUCCUCGGGAGCCGCUGUGGCCGGGAUAGCGGUAGCUGGUUCUCCGGGCCCAAGGACUAUCAGAAGGGCUACGUCGCGGUGUCGCAGAGCCCGGACCGGGAUGCGGCCACGGAGUCUUCUUGGGCGAAAGUGGUGGACCAUUCCCACAGCUCAGAAAUCGCCCACUUCAUCAAGGAACCUAAGAUGGGCUCGGCCUUUCUGUUGAAGUUGAUGGACCCCACGGGCAAGACCGUGCAAGGAUAUUUGUCUUGCGAGGAGGUCGGCAAAGACGACAAGCGGAUUCCAGAUGGAGUUUUCGCCUAUGUUGUCAAGGACCCGGCCGGUGCGAGUAUGUUCGAGGAGGAGAUGUCCAGUGAAGGCUUGGUCUUAAGCCACGUUGGAGGCGGUGGACACCUGUGCUGUGGCAAAUUCAACGAAAAAGACUAUGUGACCGGCUGCACUUGGUUGUACGUCUUGAAAGGUCAGCCUGAGUGGGCGGCGGCCUUCGCUCCGCAAUCUACUUAUGUGCCAGCCGCUGGCAAGAAGGAGUCUUGCUGGAAGUCUUUUUGGAAGCUCUACUGCCUUAAGUGGAUCCCGCAAUGGUACCGGAGGUGGAUUCUUUUGGGAUGCUUUCUUUUGGGCCUCUUUGUGAUCUUCUGGACCAUUGUGUGGUUCGUCCGUUUGUUUCAGGCUCCGCCAGAACCGUUGCAGAUCAAUGUGCCUUACGACUGCGAUCAUCAGCCUGAGCACAUGUGGUCGCAUACGAAGAAGGCCUGGUGCUGCGAACAUUGGGACCAAGGGUGUCCGACCACCACGGUGAAGCCGACCCCGGCCGCGCCCAAGUUCCCUAUGGCUCCGGGAGCUGCUCCGACCGCACCGGGCGUGGGUGGGCCGCCGGGCGGGCCUGUGGUGAGCAGAGCGCAGAGCUCGGAUGAGGACUGCUUUACUGAUGUGUUGAACUGGCAACGCGACUGGACGAUCAGCAAGCAGAAUUUCUGCUGUGAGAAGCAUGGGAUCGCUUGCAGGGCUGCGCUCACCACGGCCGCCUUUGACUGUGAUGAAGACUAUCACAAGUGGACAGAGUUGUGGUCCUACCGGAAGAAGCUUUAUUGCUGCCUUCAUCACGAACGUGGCUGCCCCGCCAAGGGCGAGGCUGAGAUGGGGUCCUCCGAGUCCUUUGAUUGUGCCGCAGGGUAUGGUGAUUGGGAGGCCUGGGAGCAGAAGAAGAAGGAGUGGUGCUGCUAUCACGCUUCGGUGGCUUGUCCUGGAACACCAUCCCAAAAAUAUGAUUGCGCCCAGAACUACGAGAACUGGAUGCAUGAUUGGUCCGAGGGCAAGAAAGUGUGGUGCUGCUUUCACAAUGGCCGGGGCUGCCGCGACUCAAACAGCCAAGGGUAUGAUUGCGAUGCCGGAGUUCAAAAUUGGCAAGUGGGGUGGUCCAACAGCAAGAUGGACUAUUGCUGCCAAACCCGUGGGAUUGGUUGCUCCGCUGCUUCCGAAGGCUGAGAGGCCCAGGCCCGGUUGGGCGAAGAGAGUCCAAGAUGACCCAAGGAACCUUGGGGUUUGAAACGUCAGGAAGUGGCCCCCUUGACAUGCUCGC